AAGAGGGAAAGCUUUGCUCUUUUGGUGAGAGGCAGAGACAAGUAGAAAAUGGAGAAAGCAUUAACUAAAGUCGGGAGCUUGAAAGUUGGUGGGUUAUGGAUCUCAAAGAAAGCUAAGGAAGAGUUCUCUAACAUCACUGAAGAUCUGACUACUUUCUCAAACACCGUUGAAGAGAAGGCAAAAUGGGUUUUCAACAAACUGAAAGGAAAGCCAACGAAAAGCUUGCCAGAUCUCCUUCGAGAGUACAACUUACCGCCAGGCCUCUUUCCCCAGAAUGUUAUCUGUUACGAAUUCGAUGAAACCAAGGCGAAGCUGAUUGUUUACAUGUCCUCUCCGUGUGAGGUCAGCUUCAAGGAUUCCUCGGUCAUAAGAUACGCAAUGCGUGUGAAGGGGAUUCUCCUUCGGGGAAAGCUGACAGGCAUCGAGGGAAUGAAGACAAAGGUCCUAGUUUGGGUUAAAGUGACAAGUGUGGCGGUUGAAGGCUAUAAAUCAGACAAGGUGUGGUUUACUGCUGGAGUUAAGAAGUCAAGGCCAAAAGAUGCUUAUGAAACACCCAGGGAUGCUGUUAGAGUUGAAGAAUUUUGAGCACAUAUUAUUCAUCACUGCUUAUUUAUUUGGAGGGGGUAUAGGGCACAACUAUUAUAUUUAUAAUUUUGGGUUUACUGCUUAAAUAGCUUUGGAUGGUUUACCAGUAAUGUUUCAAAGGACUCCUUUUUCAUUUUGCUUCAAACGAAACCAAUUUCAUUCA